UUAUUCAAAAGCUUCUUUUUUUUGUAAUUUAAUUUGAAGUUAUAUUAAAUAAUCAGUAAAUUUUGUUCUUUUUAUCGUAUCAUUGCUUGGUCGGUAAUGCAGAAUUUCCGGGAGAGGUCUCUCAUGAGAAAACACACGUGUUAUUAGUUAGUUAUGCUAAGGUUGCAUCGUUUCUAUUUUAACAUGACCCUUAUACUAUCCGUAUAUUACUUUUCCCGAUACCAUGUAAUUUGAUUUCUUUUUUCGUCGUCGACUUGGUUGACAUUGUUGAAUACAAGUGCAUUAUUACUGGACCAAAACAUGGCUGCGCAACGUGCAUUGCCACAGAGUAAAGAAGCCUUGUUGAAAUCAUAUACAACGCGAUUGAAGGACGAUGUUAAAUCGAUGCUAGAAAAUUUCGAAGAAAUCGUCAAGCUUGCUAAAGGUGAAAAUGAUUCGCAACUUUCACGGAUGGCUCAAUGCGAGCAGGACACAUUCGAAAUGCAUGUUAGGGCAGCAAACAUUGUUAGAGCUGGUGAAUCGCUGAUGAAAUUGGUUUCCGAUAUAAAACAAUAUCUGAUUCUUAAUGACUUUCCGUCUGUCAAUGAUGCUAUAGCUCAUAACAGUAAAUUGUUUAGAACAAAGCAAGCUGAAUGUGAUCAGAAACUGGCAUCUUUGAGAGAUGAUAUGGCAGCUGAUUUGUAUGAUUUAGAAGAAGAAUAUUAUACUUCUAUAUAUAAAUAACAACUGUUAAAUCUUAGGCAAUUUCUAAUUUUUUGUUCACGAUAUUACAAACUUUUGUGAUAUUUAGUAAAAUAAAUGAGAUCAAAUUCUAUAA